AUGGUUCCCCAGACUUCUUCCUCGUCCGUUUCCCCGUCGUUGCGACCUCUGCCCUCGGGCUAUCGUAAACGGAAGCUCCAAAGUAAUGGAAUCUGCUCGGACAACGACUUUAGUGAUGUAAGUUUCAUCAAUAUUACCCAAUCUAAGUUAUUCCCUUGGGCUUUUAUCUAGUACAAUUUUUGUAAAUAAACGGAUGGGUUGAUCGCAAAAAUGAUGCGAUUUCUUAUCACCAAACACCCAAGAAAGGACCGUCUACGUGUCCUGUUAUCACUUGGCUUGCGAUCGGUUACAAUGUGACCGAAAACGAGGAGUACUCUGAUCUUAUUUUGUUUGUAGGAUGAUGAAAGUCCGAAGAGUGGCUCCCCUUCCAUCGACGAAGACCGUCGCGCACAUCACAACGAAUUGGAGCGAAGACGACGCGAUCAUAUCAAGGAUCAUUUCAUGGCGCUCAAAGGGAGCAUUCCAUUGUUGGAGGGCGAAAAGGUAAGGGAGAGAACAACUGCAUCAAAAAGAUGAUUAAUAUGGGGGUUACUGUAGGCAUCCACAUGGUAUCUUUGCAGAAAAAUGAGGAAAAUUUUGUGAAUCAUCGCCGUCAUUUCUUGCAUAGAUUGCAUCAUUUAACCAUUUGAAUUAAUCGUAUCAGCAUUGAAUUAGCAGUGGCAGAAUUGGCUGUUCCAAAGUUCAUGUCCUUUCCCGAAUUAUCAUCGCUUUUAAUAUUAAUAUUUAUCUUGUUUUUCGCCGGAAACCCAACCCAUUUCGAAGCCAAAUCCCCGCCUAAAGAUCUGCAAAGCACUGCCGGUUGAGCUGUGCCUUGUAUAAUCCAUGACUAGCACCCAAGGCCGCCACGUUGUUUUCUGGUCCCAUUCCAAGACUGAUGCAAUCUCUCCGUCCUCUAAUUCUCUCGCAUAAAUCUGACGCAAUCCCUCUUUUCCCCUUUUCUCCUUCGCUUCUCCCCGACAUAUGAGGGUCGGCCGGCGGUUCACGUGGAAAACAGGCGGCCUUCAGGCUGCGGCUGCCCGAAAACGUUCGACUUGAUCAUUCUUUGUUGUCGGGUAAAGGGCAGCCCGCGAGGGCUCAGAAAUUAUGGGCAUUCGCGGAAAAUGCGGGGACAGAAAGCCUAGUAAAACACGGCUGAGUAAUGUAAAAGCACCUCCGACUUUCGACACACAACCCUUCUGUUUUCGAGCCUAAAAUACACGCGGAGAGAGGGAGGGUGUUUACAGGGCCGGGUCCAAAGUUUGUGGAGAAUGCGAAAAAAUAGAAAAUCUGAGAUCGCCGCGAAGAGGGAUGACUUUUUUCGGGUACGGUAAGACAAAGAACAGCCCGUUUUUUGCUUGAACUUUUGCACCGUGCAUACUUCAGAUUCCAUGGAAACGUUUUCGGCGUAUUUCCCGAAACGCACGUUCUCCAUUCUCCUGGAAUUUAACGGUCUUAAAAUGACUUCCAACGCCUUCUUUGACCCUGUUUUGAUCUCGCCCCAUUCGCCCCUGUACUUUAUUCUUUUUCGAUUCGUUUUGGGCCAGAAUUUGAUUUCUUUUGUAACUCUUAAUCACCCCUCCACCAGCCUGCAAAACAAUAUUAUUUUGGGGCAACAAGAGAGUGGAAAGAAAAGGGACGAAUGCACGUGAAAAACAUGCCCGCAGGCAUCGAAGUUGAUCCCGUUCUUUGGGUGCAACAAAACACGCCCGAAAAGAGAGUGCACUCGGGCUGAAGCAGGAAGAGAAGUGGAGGACACGUGGCCCUCCAAACCCGUUCUCUGAGGUCAUGUGGUGGCAGCAAGAAGGGAGGGGGUCGAAGUACACAAAACAAAGAAAAAAAACCAGAAGCCGGGCCCCUUGCUAGACAUGGUGUAUAUAACAACAAAUGGGUACGGUAGACCAAAAGGGGAGGGAACAGCAAACGCGCAAAGAUACCAUGUUCAGAUUGCAUCAUGCUCAUUUGCAUGAACACAAUUAAAUUUGCAUACAAAUUAAAAUACAGAAUGUAGUAAUUAAUUUUGGAUCUUUUCAGAGUUCCCGUGCGCUAAUCCUGAAACGAGCCGUCGAUUACAUUAAAAUGCUCCAAACCCAAGUCAAGGAGACCAAGACAGAAGUGGAGGAGUUGAAGCGUCGCAACGAAACUCUGAUGCAACAAACUACAGUAGGCCUGAAGCCUUUCCUCGGCCAGAUUCAACUCCAAUCCGCCUUCACUCCCCAGACUACAGUACCCGUUUCUCUGUGUGUACCCAGCACGUCGACCUUUACUGUUCUCCAAGAGCCCAUGCUGACUAACCAUAAUCAGCAAAAGUUCAAGCCCACCUAUCCCACUCCCGAUCCGGUUUCGCCGGCUCCAAUGGCAUCGACUUCCUCAACCCCGGUCUCCAACUUGAAUAAUUUGAAUAAUCUCUCGGCCAACCUCUCCAAUCUACUGCUCCAGAAUCCCUCUCUGUUGGCCCAACUCCAGUCCCAUCCGCCCGUCCAGACCAGUCAUUUCGAGCCCCUUACCCCGCCCCAUUCAGCCCCUCAGAAUCCCUCUCCCAACUUCUACCCCGAACUCCUGACGCCCCAGCUGUUGGCCUCGUCGUUGGCAAUGCGGGAACGGCAAUUCGCGGCCGUCGCCGCCGCCCAGCUUUAA